UCCUUUUAUGUAUGUGUAAGUGUAAAGUGUAAAAAAUUCCACAAAAAUAUUGUAAUAUUAUAAUCCCAAGGAGAAACCAAACAUCGUACCAGGUAGAAAAAAUUAAGGAUAAAGUGAAAAACGGUCCACGGGUUUAAUCCGCAAACGAAUAAUUAGCCAAGUGAAUGAAAGUAUUUCUUGCUCGUAAAGUAUUUUGUAUCCGAAGAAGAAAGAAGCAACGACGUGAUAACAAAGGCAAAAUUCAUUCGGUUCGUAAAAGGGGAGUUCAAAAGUCGUCGGCGGUGAAGAAAAUUGAAAAUUAGUAGAUUGGUGACUGCCAUAGUGUAGUGCAUUUAGCCAUUGGGCCCGCUCUUUGUGUGUUAGUGUUCAUAUUCGUGGUGUUAUCGUUUUACGGAGUAUUUCCUUAGUAGUUCCUUAAAAAUAAAAUAUUAAUAAAGAAACAUAGAUAGUGAAUUGUGGUGUCGCUGCUGGAAUAAGCGGCAUACGACGAACUUGCAUGACUCACGCUACUACACAUGCACCAGCAGCAGCAGCAAGGGAAACAAAACACCAAAUGAGUCUCCUCAUGAAGUAAAGCAACGAAGAUCUAUUCUCUGGGCAGAGACAUCAACUCUGUGGGUGUAAACGUACAUACAAGGUCGUUGUCGGCCAUCUUCGCUGAGAAAAUCCCCAAAAAAGUCACAGACCAACAAAAUGUCCGGUUUUACUAGCUUAAAGGGCUGGUUUCGCAAGAAAGAGCCCAUCUCGGAAAUCGGCAAUCCCACGAACUUUCAAAGACACUUCCAUGUCUCACGCAAUGAAGAGACAGGUGUUUUGGAAGGCUUGCCCGCCCCUUGGGUGCGUUUAAUGAAUGCCCAGAUUACAAGGGAUGAACAGGAUAAGAAUCCGGACGCAGCAUAUCAAGCGGUCAAAUUCUACAAUUAUUCCAUAAAAAAGAAAGAAAACGAUGCCAUCUUUAAACCAUUUAUCACUGAAGAAGCCAUCCACGAAGAGUCCAAGGAAAUCGAUAACUAUGUCAAUUACAAGUAUAAACACAAAUCCCAAGAUCUAGACAAGUCCGAAGAUGAUCGGAGUAGUGAUGGCAGUGGUGGUGGCACCACAAGUGGCUCCAGCACCUGCGGCAGUAGCAGUAAUAAUAGUUUUAAUGAUAAGCAACACCAAAACAAUGUGCGGUUGACCGGCUUGAAUGAAGUCAUCAAGGAAUUGGAGUCCAACCUGGAGCAUCAGCGGGAAACGCUAAAGCCUCAAAUGGAUGGUAUAGGCGAACAGCCACCACCAUUGCCUGCCAAAAAAACACAGACUUUACCGCCUAAGCCCCAAACAAAGCCUAAACCCAAGGGCAUAACACACAAACAUUCCAAAGGUUUAGCAGACUUGAGCAACCUCUCGACUCAAGAUGAUCGCACAAUUAACACAGACACUAUUAUCAUCAAGCCCGCUGCACAAGAUGGUGGUGAGGGUGAGGGCGAUGAGACUAUACUACGCCGCUCCAAAGAUAAACGCACGCAAAAAACCGAUUCAGAGAUCUAUGAAGAGUUGAGGACCAUUUGCAAUUUAGAUGAUCCCCGAGAACGUUAUAAGACCACCCAAGAGGUGGGCAAAGGUGCUUCGGGCAUUGUAUUUAUAGCGGCCGAUAAACAAACAGAAAAUCAGGUAGCCGUCAAAACCAUCGAUUUAAAGAAUCAGUCUUCCAAGGAUCUCAUUUUAACCGAGAUUAGAGUACUGAAGGAUUUCAAUCACAAGAAUCUAGUAAAUUUCCUGGAUGCAUAUCUUUUGGAACCCGAGGAUCAUUUAUGGGUGAUAAUGGAAUACAUGGAUGGUGGCCCCCUCACCGAUGUGGUCACCGAGACUGUUAUGAAGGAGCGACAAAUUGCUUGUGUAUGCCGUGAAGUAUUAUAUGCCAUAAGUUUCUUGCAUUCCAAGGGCAUUAUACACAGAGACAUCAAAUCGGAUAACGUGCUAUUGGGCAUGGAUGGCUCAGUGAAGGUGACAGACUUUGGCUUUUGUGCCAACAUUGAGGGCGACGAAAAGCGCCAGACAAUGGUAGGCACUCCAUAUUGGAUGGCCCCCGAAGUGGUCACACGUAAAAAGUAUGGCAAAAAGGUGGACAUAUGGUCCAUAGGUAUUAUGGCCAUAGAAAUGAUUGAAGGCCAGCCGCCAUAUCUGUACGAGACACCUCUGAGGGCUUUAUAUCUAAUAGCAGCAAAUGGUAGACCCGAUGUAAAGAGUUGGGACAAACUCAGUCCACACCUACAAGAUUUCCUAGACUGCUGUCUCCAGGUGGAGGUGGAUAAACGAGCCACAGCCGAUGAGCUAUUAACGCAUCCGUUCCUAGGCGAUUGCAGUGAACUGAAGGCUCUGGUGCCCAACAUUAAGGCGGCCAAAAAGGUACUUCGAAAGGGUACAUAGAAAAGGCCGUGCAUAGGUAUCUUUGUGCGUGCCUAGUAAAAACCAAACGUCAUCAUCAUAGAUUUAAAAACGAAUGCAAUUUGAACUUUGAAUCCUUUGCGGCUGCGAUGAUUCCAAACUGCUGUAAAUACAUUUUUAUACAAAAAAAAAAAAAAAUAAAAAACACACACACACACACAACAAACGCAAAAACCCAAUGCAAUGCAUGUAUGUAUAAGGUCAAAAGUAAAUAAUAAGUGAUCAGUGAAAGACUACAAAGGAAAGAACGAGAGCGAGCGAGAGGGAAGAUGAGUUAUACUAAAAUUAUAUACAUUACAAUAUCAAUCACAUCUUGAGAUGUGGUAUCGGUGGUGGCGGUGGCCCAAACUUAUGAUAUUUGUAUUACCAUACAAAAUCCCGAACGAACGAACUUUGGAGCAGUUGCAAUCAUCAUCCACAUCCAUGAUGGUCAUCACACUUACAAUGCCAAAAGGAAUUCCAUUUGCAGUCGCUGGGCGAUAUUAACAUACCAAGGCAUUUCCUCAAUCUUCUACUUGAAAGAUUAACAUAUAAUGCAAUAUUACUUAGGCGUUGGAAUUAUACAGAAGUCUGCCGCAAUUAUUCAUAGAAAAUAGCAAAAUAAUGAAACCUAUUCAACUUCAGAAUUACUAAGAUCUUAGAGAACUAACUACUACUACAACUACCAUCACCACCAAGCAAUACAAUACCAACCAACCAACCAACACAACAAUGAAACAAUUGGUUUGAUUGGCCCACAGACACACGCACACACACACAGUUCCAGCUGCUCUACGUUAGAUGUUGAUGAUUGGGCCCCGCGUAACAUAUUCAAUUAAGUUUUAAUACAAUACAAUUUUCAAUUCAAAACGAAAAAAACAUUCUAAACUAAAAAGAAACUAGACUCACGAAAAAAAAAAAGAAAAACAAAAAUUGAAAUCCCCUUUCCCCCCUCCAAGAACCAUACACUUACAUGCAAACAUAUUUGUCUUCUGUAGUAUUUUCGUAGUGUAGAGAAAGAACCAAGUUAUGGAGAAAAAAAUAUCAUUAUUAAAUUUUUAACGUACAUUGUGCAUUAUACUGGAAUUAUUAAAAAAAUGAAAAAAAACUAAACAAACAAAAAAAAAAUUACAUUAACAAAAUGUGCUAUUUUAUGUAGAAAAGUAAUAAUGUAAUUAAGUUAUUUUAAAUACAAAUUAUUAUAUAUAAAUUGCUUAUUGUCUUUAUAUAUACAUACAUAUUUGAUAUAGCAUAACUAAAACAAACAACUUAUUGCCAAAAUUUUAUUUAAAAAAAACAAACCUUGUAAAUUAAUAAUUUUUUUUUAUACAUAUAAUUAUAAUUUUUUUUCCUAAUUUGAUCUAUACAUAGUUUAUAUUAGAUAUGUAUUUCUGUAUUUUUUUUUUGUAAUAAUAAGAUGUAAUGUUAUUAUUAUUGUUACACUGUGCUACCAAAAAGCUAAUGAUACAUUUUAAUAUAGCUGGGGCCUCUGACACAGGACUGUUCUGGAACAUUUCUAUAAAUAUUCGAAAAGUAAAGUUAUGUUUAAAAUA